GUGCUGUUUAAUCACUGAUUGACCCUAACCCACCAUCCUGAUAAAGUGGCAACAUGUGCAAACUCACUCUAACUGCAGGUCUCUUUUUGAUCAUCGCCAGCUUGGGUUAUCCUGGCCUCACGGAGACAGCUGCAGUGCCGCCAAACUUCUGUAAUGGAAAGAGCAAUGGGCAAUACACCAACCCUGCCGACCCACAUUCUUUUUACAAUUGUUGGGAUGGAACAACCUACCUCCAAUACUGCCAAUCAAGUCUGGUCUUUAACCAAGAAUGCAGCUGCUGUGACUAUCCUGCAACUCCCCCUACCACAACCACAACUCCCCUUACCACAACUACUGCUGUGACUAUCCCGCAAACACCAAUUGAUAACUUCUGUAAUGGAAAGAGCAAUGGGCAAUACACCAACCCUGCUGACCCACAUUCUUUUUACAAUUGUUGGGAUGGAAGAACCUACCUCCAAUACUGCCCAUCAAGUCUGGACUUUAACCAAAAAUGCAGCUGCUGUGACUAUCCUGUAACUGCACUUACCACAACCACAACUCCCCCUGACACAACCACAACUCCCCCUACCACAAUUACAACUCCCCCUACCACAACCACAACUCCCCCUACCACAACCACAACUCCCCCUACCACAACCAGAACUCCCCCUACCACAACCACAACACCUCCUACCACAACCAAAACUCCUCCUACCACAACUAAAAUUCCCCCUACCACAACCACAACUCACCCCUACCACAAGUCCCCCAAACACAUUUAA